AUGAAUGACAUCAAUGUUCGCACAUUCUAUUUGAAUGAUAGGGCUGAGGGUAUUGAGGACUUGUCAAAUAUGACCUCUAACGGUCCUGCCUAUUUUGUUCAACCUUCCAUUCGUUAUGACGUUCAACGUGGACAACGCUUUUUCUUGCUUAAUUUUUUGAGCGAGUUAGAUCAAGAAGGUGAUUAUACUAUUGAGGAUGAUAUGAUCUAUGCAAUACCUCCUGGACCUUUGAGUAGAGACGAUGACAUGAUUCUGUCAGUCACUGAUCAAAUUUUCACCUCUCAGGCACAAGCUCAAGAAUUUCAUUCACUCCAUCUCGAAAUGUGUCUUGGUUUUGCAGUUUUAGCAACCGGUAGCUAUUUUGUUAUCAAUCAAACGGUUAUUUCUAACACUGGAAAUGCAGCUGUCAAAAUUUCACAAUGUCAUUUUGGCUGUCAAGUUUUGAAUUCCACAUUUUACGAAUUGGGACAAGGAGGUAUUUAUAAUCCUUUAAAGGAUAACAGUGAGUAUGGUCUCUGUUUCAUUGAUGGCAUUCAAUUCACAACACAUGGCGCGUGA